GGAGUGUCAUGUCAGGUCAGCAGGAUCGUCGAGUCCUGACCAUCGUACGAACCAGGAUCAGCCGGCGGCAAGUGCAGUUCUAGCCUAACCUACUAUUUUCUAGCAUAAGGGUCUCCCAAGCUCAUAAGGAUGAGACAACUUGUCCUUAGUAGAGUAUACGUGGAUUUUUUCGUAGGACACGUCGCGACUUGACAUAUCGAGGCGCAACCAGAGAGACCUUUAGGAUUGAAUUGACGAGUCUGGGAACUCUAGUUUGACCGAUCCCCAUCAAAUUCUCAUAUAUAUUGUCACUUUGUUUAUUCGUUAACCAUGGGAGCGCGAAUCCGCGUGCUGAACGUCGUCGCGGCGGUCGCGAUCGUAGUUAUUCUCUACUAUGUCGGCCGACCGCUGUACUGGGAGUUAGAAGCGCGGCUGCAGGAAUACAGAGAGGGAUUUUCGGACGCCACUGCCGCUUCGACACAAACAACCGCGGAGGGAGGAAACGUCCAGCCCGUUGGCAACGCGCGAGGUCUCGAGGCAGCCUCUCUCCAGGGUCUGCCGAAGGAAGCGUCAAUCGCCCUCAUGGCUCUGGACGUGGUUGACCCUGACGCUGCCACGCCAGCCAAGCCGUCUGCCAUAGCAAAUGCGGCAGCGGGAUCAGCUGGAGCAGCAGAAGAAGAAGUAGGAGCAACAGCGGACGGGAGCAGCCAGGAAUCUUCAGGCACGUCAGGAGGAGGCUUAGACCUUCCCUCUGAAGCAACAGCAGGAGCAGCAGCAACAGAUGCCACUGCCACAGGAUCACCCACCACGGACUCACCUGGUGCAGGUGCAUCUGGUACAGGUGCAUCUGGCGACCAGCAGUUCGCCACAGGCGUGCGUCCCAUCCUGCACGAGGGCAGGCCCUUACUGCCGGACCUGAAGCGAGAGAUCUGGGAGAAGCCUCCCCCAGGUAGCGCCGUCCCUGCCAGGGAGGAGUUCGCCCUGCGGCGCGAGAUGGUGCAGCACCGGCAGCGGGACAACGUGGUGGUCGUCACGUUUGCGAAUUACGCGUUUUUGGAUUUUGUGCUCAACUGGGUGCGGCACUUGACUGACCUGGGCGUUUACAACAUCCUUGUUGGCGCCAUGGACACCAAGUUUCUGGAGGCUCUCUACUGGGAGGGCGUGCCUGUGUUCGAUCUAGAGAGCGGGAUGACGACGGACGACCCUGGGUGGGGCACGCCGGUGUUCCACGCCAUGGGGCGGGAGAAGGUGACCCUCAUCAACGUGUUCCUGUCCUUGGGAGUGCAGCUGCUGAUCUGCGACACUGAUACUGUCUGGCUCAGGAACCCUCUACCCUACAUGGCUCGCUACCCCCAAGCGGACGUUUUGACUUCCAGUGACCAUCUCACACGAUCAGUGGAGGACGAGUCGCUGGAGCACUGGGACAGGGCCCAGGGCGCGUACAACAUCGGCAUUCUCCACUUCCGCCCCACCGACCCGGCCAAGCAGUUCGCCCGUGCAUGGGCAGAGCAACUGGCAGGCGACUCUAAGAUAUGGGACCAGAACGGAUUCAACGACCUCAUGAGGCAGAAGCUGGGGCCCGACGUCAAUCCCGAGGGGAACGAUAACGUUUUCUGGGCGUUUGAUGGCACGCUCAAGCUGGGGAUAUUGCCUGUGGCGUUGUUCUGCUCUGGUCAUACUUACUUCGUCCAGCACCUGUAUCGCAAGAUAGGUCUGGAGCCGUACGCCAUGCACGCCACGUUCCAGUUUGCCGGCACGGACGGCAAGAGGCAUCGCUUCAGAGAGGCCAUGGCGUUCAUCGACCCGCCCGAGUACUACGACCCGCCAGGUGGCGUGCUGUCAUUCGUGAACAACAUCCCGGAGGAGCUCCUGACUGGGGGGGAUCACUCCCUGCAGACCCACUUCAACCUCGUCAACUACCAGCUAACUAACCUCAGAUCAGCUCUCGCCAUUGCAACCAUACUCAACCGAACGCUGGUUCUACCCGCCACGUGGGUGCGCUUCGACCGCAUCUGGUUCCCACACCCGGGCAUCCUAGACGGCACCGACACGCCGCAGCCGUUCCUGUCGCCCCUGGACCACCUGGUGGAGGUGCAGCGCAUGCUGCCAGGAAAACUUAAAGAGGACGAGUUCGGCCCUGCUGUACCCAUCAGAGAAUACUCGUUUCUGGAUAACCCAAGAACACCACAGGCACUGCUCAAGUCGAAACUCUCUGUGGAUCUGUGUGACGAGGGCUCUCCCGACUGUCCUCUCUCGCCAGACCCUCCUACCGACAAGCUUCGAAUAAAGAAGAACACACGGCAGAAUGAGCUUAAAGCCACGCUUUCACGCUACCCAGAUUCCAAGUGGAUCGAAUUCUCCUCCAUGGUUGACUCAUUCGGCGGGUGGGAUGAUAAGGCAAUGGAGAAGAAGUUUAGGUGGCGGCUACGACAGUAUGUGGGCAUCUGGUGCUGCGUUAACGCCCAGCCAGGCCAUAUCUGGUAUGAUUUCUUUAACGAUGAGAUCCCGGGGUGGAAGCCACGGCCACCGGCGAAUUGGACAGAGGACCACCCGCCGUGGGGUAAGGACCAACCUGGUGCCUUAUGACUAGCACAGGCCCUGUGGCGGUUGUUCUCUUGAGCCGGCUCUAAUGUCGGAUGGAGAGUGGUCCGGCUAAAAGGAAUAGACGACCAUCCACCACAGGGCCAACCCGGUGGGUUAUGACUGGCACAGAAGACGGUUGUGGGAUUAUGGCGGCGGCUCGUUGACACUUGCAAGGGGGAAGAACCAGCCAACUGGCUAGAGGAUCAUCUGCCACAGGGCAAGGAUGAACCAGUGCUUGAUGUCUGGCGCCGGCACUAUGGCGGCAAUAUGGUGGACUUAGCUUCCUGUGUUGUAGUGGGUAUUACACCUAGCCCGCGGUAUUUUCACACCCAAUAUUUUCACAGGGGGUGCCGCCGAGAGAGUAUUCACCCCCCGAAAGCAGCUCUUGAAGACCAGAUCCGGAUACCCUUGAAAAAACAUUUUGAACUUGGGUUUCUAUACGAAACGUUUACUGCUCGAUUUAGUGUUUCUCGAGUCAGGAAACCCGGCGUAAGCUUAGGCAGUGCUCAAAGUUUUUGCCCGCGUGGAGCCUGCCAAGCGUAGGCUGUAGGAACAAGGGGGUA